AUGGAUACCAAAGCUGCAGUUUUACCACAGUCUACUGAUUUCAAGACUGCUUACAUACCUGCAACCGUUCAGCAGCCCACAUGGCAACCUCCUAUUGUUGUUUUGCAGCCACAAAAACCAAUCGACGAUAUACCAGAUUUUCUUCCAUGGUCUUAUAUUAAUAUACUUUGUGGUGGUAUUUUGUUAGGGUGUAUCUCGGUUUGUUGUUCAAUGUGUGUUCAAAAUUACAAGCAACAAAAUGAUUAUGUAGCUGCUAAACGAUGUUCAAUUAUAACAGCAAUAUGGAAUGCAUUAGUCAUUCCAAUUGCAAUUGGCAUUGCAGUAUUAAUUUUCAAGUAUGCAGGUAUUAUGUAG